GAGCAUUUAGUGCAGUACGCAAAUUUCGAUAGAAGGCACGAGGCAGGAUCAGUCAUAUGUCAGAUUGUCAGACGUGGUGGAAAGGGAUUUUUACUUAUACCUGAUUCAAAUCGAAAGAUGAUAUUUCUAUAACUUUGUCUUUUCCAGCCUUCUAUAUUUUUCUUCCGUCAUUUCGGGCAUCAUUUGACAGCUGUAUUUGUUAUUUUUAAAUCCACCGAAUUUGACAUCGCGAACAUAUGAUAAAUUACACGUUAGCGAGUGUUGACGGGACAAGUGGACGAGUGGACAAGUAAAAGCGAUCGUGUCUAACAUUUGAUCGCGUGAAUCGUAUAUCUCGUCUCCCUUUCUUAAUUCUUUCGUUCGCAAGAUGAAUAUCGUUUGCGUUAUAUGUCAAGAUCGUUUGCAACCGUCCGAAGAAAUCUUUACUCGUUGCGGACAUGUGUUUCAUUUCCAGUGCUUGUCACGAUGGCUUGAAAGAUCUAAAAGUUGUCCACAAUGUCGUGAAAAAGUGACAGAAAAUAGAAUCUAUAGAGUUUAUUUUACAUCUCCAAAUAGUGAAACUGCUUCAGAAAUCUCAGAUAGAGAUUCUCAGAAUCUAGAUUCAUCCUUGCAAGAAAGGAUCGAUAGUCUGCAAUUUCAACUUUUAUUGAAAGAAAAGCAUAUUAAAUAUUACGCUACGAAGAAUGUAACUCUGGAAAAACAAAAUACUGGCCUUAGACAAGAAGUACGCAAAGUAGAAAGUGAAAUCAAGCGGAAAAAUUCUGAUAUGCAUGUUUUAAAUGAACAAAUAACACAUUUUAAAGAAAAAUAUGCAAGAUAUAAAUUUGUAACACAGAAACUAUAUGAAAAAGAAAAGGAACUGGAACAAUUCAAAAAGGAGUUUAAAGAAUGUUUAGAAGUUUACAAAAAUGAAAAUGUAUCCUUACGACAUCGAAUUAAUGAAUUAGAAAACCUUAUCAAUCUAUCAAGACAAAAUGUUACGCAAUCUGAUAAUCAAAGAAACUUGGAUAAAAACUCUUCCAAUGUCAUACAAAAAGUAGAUGUUUAUAGCCAGACAAACACAAAACGGAAAAAAGAAAAUCAAAAUACUUCAUUGUCUCCAAGAAUAAAAACUAAUGAACAUCAAAAAACUGAAAUGGCAGCUAUUAAGAUGGACCAAGGAGAUGUAAGGAUAACAUCAGAUUGUUCUUAUCCAACCAUUGUAAAACGAACGAAACUGCGAUCAGCCCAGAGUUGUGAGAAAGGUCCUCCUGGUCUGAGUCUGCAAGGCACCAGGACACAUUCACAGGGGGUGCAUCACACACAUUCCACAACACGUCUAAAGUGUCAUUGGUCAAUUGUCUUUAUGUGGUAUAUUGGAAUGUCUAUUUAUCAGCGAUGGAAUUAAUUAUAAAAAAUAUAUAAUUAUCAUAGGUUCGUAUAA